CAGUCGACUUAAACAAGAUCAACGUUGUCAAGGUGAUGCUGUCACAUGACAGUGACGGUGUCACCUUGGAUACCACACUGCGUAACAGUGUAAGUAUUUGAUUGUGUGUUGUUGUGAAGUGAACAGUUUCUACUCGUCCUUCUCACCUGUCCUGCCUCUCUCUCUCUCUACCCCUCGCUCUCUCUCUCUCUCUCACGACUACCACAACUCUCCUCUCUUCUCCUCUUGUCAGAAAUGUGUACCAGUUGUACAAUACCGUACUCGAUGACAUCAUGCGUACAGUAUCGCCACGUGGUGUCUGUGGUUCAAUUUUUGAAGAAUUUCGAAAUCAGUGUGUGAAGGAGUAGACUGUUUGAUGGUGUUUGUUGGAACGAGUGAGGAGUGAAGGGUUGUUGUUAUUGUAACGAGUACGCAGAAGUCAUGCUGUUGUUCCUGACGUGGAGCAGGCGCUGUGGACGCUUUCCUCUCGUCGUGGAUAUUUUCAUUCGAGUAGAAAUCUGUAAAAAAUUCAAAUUUGUCGAGGCAUGAACUGGAGUUUUUACUGUGGAUGCAUGGAGUAGCAAUGUUGCUGAGGAAGGAGAGACUUGUUCUGUACAUGUAAGUCGUCUUGUGGAGAGAUUGAUUUCGUCUCGUUGUAGAUUAUGUCCUUGGCCUUCGUUGUGUUUUCGUUUUUGUAAAAUUGGAACGAAUUUUCUCAAAAUUGAUUUUCUGUUGUUCCUGUGAUGUGUUGCUGAGUUACUCAGGAAGGGAAAACAGCGUUGGACCUAGCCAGGGAGGAGAAUCAUGAGGGAUGUGUGCAGUUGCUGGUGGAUCACGAGAGUGCGAAGGAAUGGAGCCCCUGUUGAUUGUUCCAGAGCGUAAACUCAGCGUACCCAUCAUACGCAUCAUUCUGCUUGGCGAGACUGAUGUUGGCAAGACAUCGUUGGCACUCUCACUGUCCAAGAAGAAGAUAGAAAGACGUGAGAACAACACCAGUACACUGGGGGUGGAUAUGAGCACGGUUGUCAUCGGUGAUGAUAGUAACGACGUCCAAGAAGUGAUAACCGGUACAGGCAGUGACGAAGCGCUAACUCGUCAGGUGGCAACCUUGAUUCGUCAAGGUAGCAGACUGCAGCCAGAAUCCUGUAGUUCACCAAACAGUUGCCCAUCCACACUCUCACCCAGCACUGCCAGCAGCAGCAGCAGCAGCAGCAGCAGCAACAGCAGCAGCAGCUCAGUGCAUGUACACGGAGACGUACUGGAAGCAAUCACCUCUAGAGUAACAUCAGAGCAAUAUGUACGUGAUCUGAGUCGUCUCAUUGCCAACAACUCUAUGAAGGUGCUCAGAAUCUGGGAUACAGCCGGACAAGACUGCUUCCGUGUCCUGCAUCACAUGACGUUUGGUGCUGAACGUACCUCGUACGUUAUUGUCUAUAAUGCCAAGUGCUCUAUCAAAGAAGUAGCAGAUGAGAGUAAUGUUCGUGUGCACGGUGAACACCGUCCAUACGCUGGCGCUCUCCCUGGACAACCGAGCUUGGCAUACGUGCAUGAUGCCCUUGAAACCAUUCACAACAACUUGCAGGAUGGAUGCAGUUGUCGUGUAUUUCUUGCCGGUUGUCACAUUGAUGAGCGCCAGACCCACUUUGCUGCUGCUGCUGCUGCUGAUGUUACACGUUCAGCAACUUUCAAUGCUGAGCUUGAUAAGGAACGAGACGAUAUCAUUCAGAGCAUCGCCUGUCAACCAUUCAAGCACCUGCUGAAAAAGGAAGACAUCUUCUUCAUUGACAACACCGUCUCAGGGCAAGAAGGCGUUGCAGAGGACAAUCAGCUGAUUGCUUUGCGCCAAGAACUCUGCAUGCAGAGUCAGCAACAAGAUUCCAUUCCCAUGUCUCGUCUCCUGGAAACGCUGUCAAUCAUGGAACUCUCUGUGCAUCCGGAUCUGCGUGCUCCGUGGAUAACACGCCAUGAAAUGGAGGAAAUGCUGCGUCGUGUGAACCCAAAUCCAGCCGAAUCCGUUGAUGACAUGCUGGCUUUUCAACAUUCGUCUGGCACUGCCCUGUACUAUCCAGACAGUGAACAACUGCGAGAGAACAUUGUCAUCAAAGUUACCGAUGUCAUGAAGCUUUCCGCCGCUCUCCUUCAGCCAUGUGUCACCAGGAAUGACCUCGGAGAUGAACAUGUAUCGCUUGAUGAUAUUCAGCGCUUGCACCGAGGUCUUCUGUCUGACAAAGUGGCGUUGUGUUUGUGGAAGAAGUUCUGUCCACACCUCCAUCCGCUCAUGCUGCACAGACAGAGUCGCAACUUCUAUUUUCGUCUGAUGGCUAGGUUGGACAUUCUGUGCCAAGCUGGUAAGGUGCAGUCACAUGAAGAAGAUGGUGAUGUUGGCGAUGCCCUCUUUUUCAUGCCAGCAGCUGCUGCAGCUGAGAAGCUUUCCAGCCCUCGUGGAGCGACUUCCGAAGAAAUGAUCCUUUCCUCGAAAGAUGGAUGCCACUUUCCUCAUUCAACGUUCCUGAGGCUUGCAACAUCUUGUCUCUCACAUUACAAUACCCACCAUGGAACGCACAAUGACGCAUCGUGGGCCAACACCGCACUUUCUAAAUGUGCAAUGCGUCUGCCCUUGCCUGACAAGAAGUGGCUUGUACUCCGGUACAUGAAGUGUGGUAUCGGCCUGCGUGUGGAAGCGAAUAGUCCGCGCUAUGAGUUCCGUGAAGGCCAUGGUGUCUCUGUUCUGGCCAUGGUGCACAAGCAGUUAGAAAGCGUUCUCACACUGGCAAAUAAACAGCUCAAGUUGAAGGAGCUGGUGAAGUGUGGCUGUGGCACAAUGAACCAACAUGUACUAUGUACCCUGCAUGGUCGUGCUGAGUGCUGCAGGACAACGCCUGACACAGCCGCAGCAGCAGCAGCUCAGAGUAGAAGCAACGCCGCUGCCACUUGUUUCCACACGGUUGUUUCUGUGGAGCUUGGCAGUGUGCCCAUGUGCCCAGCAGCUUACUACGAAGGUCACCAUGCUGCCCAGAGCCUUCCUGAAGGUGCACUUCGAUUUUGGAAGGCAUGGAAGCAAGACGAUGAAUGCUUCAUUGUUCGAUCAGAAAAUCCCUCUUCUGGCAAUUCUCAUUCGCCAGCAUCAGAAGGAACACUCUGCCCAGUAGCAUCACAGCCAGUAGCCACUUCAGCAGUGACAGCCUCAGUAACAGCAUCACAGCCAGUAGCCACCUCAGCAACGACAGGCUCAGUAGCAACAUCACAGCCAGUAGCCACCUCAGCAGCGGCAGACUCAGUAGCAGCAUCACAGCCAGGAGCCACCUCAGCAGUGGCAGGCUCAGUAACAGCAUCACAGCCAGUAGCCACCUCAGCAGUGGCAGGCUCAGUAGCAGCAUCACAGCCAGUAGCCACCUCAGCAGUGGCAGGCUCAGUAGCAGCAUCACAGCCAGUAGCCACCUCAGCAGCGGCAGGCUCAGUAGCAGCAUCACAGCCAGAAGCCACCCCAGCAGUGACAGGCUCAGUAGCAGCAUCACAGCCAGUAGCCACCUCAGCAGUGGCAGGCUCAGUAGCAGCAUCACAGCCAGAAGCCACCUCAGCGGUGACAGGCUCAGUAGCAGCAUCACAGCCAGUAGCCACCUCAGCAGUGACAGGCUCAGUAGCAGCAUCACAGGCAGUAGCCACCUCAGCAGUGACAGGCUCAGUAGCAGCAUCACAGCCAGUAGCCACCUCAGCAGUGGCAGGCUCAGUAGCAGCAUCACAGCCAGAAGCCACCUCAGCAGUGACAGGCUCAGUAGCAGCAUCACCGCCAGUAGCCACCUCAGCAGCUUCAGGCUCAGUAGCAGCAUCACAGCCAGAAGCCACCUCAGCAGUGACAGGCUCAGUAGCAGCAUCACAGCCAGAAGCCACCUCAGCAACUUCAGGCUCAAUAGCAGCAUCACAGCCAGUAGCCACCUCAGCAGUGACAGGCUCAGUGGUAGCGUCACUAAUAGCAUCACCGGCUGUGGCAUUACUAGUAGCAUCACUGUUAGCAGCAGCAGCAGCCUCAGUAGCAUCAGUAGCAUCUCCAAUAGCAGCAGCACCGUUAGCAGCAGCAGCAGCAGUCCUUGCUGCAGUAGCACUUUCAGCAGCAGCAUCACCAGUAGCACCUCCAGCAGCAUCUGCAGCUGCAGCAGCAGCGACUACAGAUGAGGACGAGGAGUCGUACGGCGACCCAUUCAAACAAAGUGCCUUUAUAACCGAUAUUUCUCCUUGGUUGGACAAAUUACCAGCGGCAAAGUUUCGUGAAUUGGCGCAAGUGGCUGGGUUCUUCUCCGAUCUGCAGCAGAUAGAAGACUUGAAGAGGAUUGAGAGACAAGAUGGAACACGCACUCACAACGAAAAUUUGGUCAACAUUGUAAGCAGCGAGGAACAGGCCGGCUACAUCAAGCUUGUGAAGGUCAUCAAAUGCUGGGGUAAAUAUCCCGACAAGAUCGACAAGAUGAACCAGCUUCUGCCACGACGGGCUCGUGUGUAAACGAUUGAGGUGUCAAGCAAUUCACGCAGCAAGUGCUGGUCCUGUUCUCUCUGUCUCUCUCUGUUUCUCUCUCUCUCUCUCUCUCUCUCUCUCUCUCUCUCUCUCUCUCUCUCUCUCUCUCUCUCUCUCUCUCUCUCUCUCUCUCUCUCUCUGUCUGUCUGUCUCUCUCUGUCUCUCUCUCUCUCUCUCUCUCUCUCUCUCUCUCUCUCUCUCUCUCUCUCUCUCUCUCUCUCUCUCUCUCUCUCUCUCUCUCUCUCUUUCUCUGUCUCUCUGUCUCUCUCUCUCUCUCUCUCUCUGUCUCUCUCUCUCUCUCUCUCUCUCUCUCUCUCUCUCUCUCUCUAUCUCUCUCUCUCUCUCUCUCUCUCUCUCUCUCUCUCUCUCUCUCUCUCUCUCUCUCUCUCUCUCCGUGGUGUGUUCUCUAUGUUACUGACUGGCUAUGUUAUCCAUCAAAUCCAUUCCUCCAUUCUUCCUUGGUCAAAUUUGCCAAUUUUUAGCAACAUUAUGUUAUGCUUGAUCACUACCCCACUAAAUAUACGUAAAUUAAAAUAGUCUAGUAUGUUGGACAGUAGAGACAGCUAAUUGUAGAGGACCACACCAGGUUACUAUGCCCGUUGCAGAAUUACUACUUAUAGUCAUGCAGAUACAUGAAACAUUUCUUUAGAAUUUUAUGAAUACAUAUAAUGGAAUAUUAUCAUUCGGCCGGAGUCCUCAACCUCAUUAGGCCGAGAAUGUUUGAAUAUUUUAGAGAUAUAUUUCAAGUUACUCUUUAUUUCUACAUUCCAGUCACUUAUAGAUAUACAAACUCAUUCCAGCAGCUGAUGUAAUACUCUAGGUUACUCUACCCUGUAUGAGCCCAUGAUGAGAAGGGAACGAAAACGUUUGGUUCAGAAAAUCUUCCAUUUA